UGGAGGAGAACCUGCACAGUGGUAAGAUCAAACCCACGCUGCUGCCAUGUGGAACCCAGGAGGACAUCGCUCAGGACAUGCAGCAGGCCCACCUGGUCCUGAUGCCGUCCCGUGCCGAGCCGUUCGGACUGAUCGGUCUGGAGGCCAUCGCAGCAGGCAUCCCUGUACUCAUCUCUGACAAGUCGGGGUUGGCAGACAUGAUCAAGGACUUGAUCAAGGAGAAGAAAUGCCCUGCAGAAAUGAGGCACAGGAUCGUGGAAACCAGCGUGAAGGAGUGCGACCUGGGUGAAGAUGCAAGAGAGUGGGCAAAGAGGAUUGCAGACACCUUGGAAUACUCUGAGGCAGAAUUCGACAAAGCAGCAGAGUACAAGAAGAGGCUGUUGGAGUCCAAGUACUGGGAAGAGUCGCACCAAAACCUGCUGCGGGUUUGUGGCUUGAAUGACUGACUCUAGACGCGUCCACUCUCCCACGUGUCAGAUUCUCUAAUUGCUGAAUUUGAUCAACAGACUUUUAAUGCAAUCAGUACGGUUCAAAAGCAAAGUAGUGACUGACAGUGG